ACUCCGCUGGAAAGGAGGCUGAAAUGACGGAUGCAGCCAUGGAGGAGAUACCCGGGGACAGUUUAUUUACAUCCGAAGAGGCUCUGUAAGUUUAGAGGGAAGCCGAUGCGUGUGUCUCCCUCUUUACUUUCGCCGACCCCCUCCUCCUCCGCUGGCAGAAAUUUAUAAAGAACAAAAAAUCCGACGAGGGAGGGAGGGAGGAGGGGGGUUGAUAUACGCCGAGGCUGAAAUCGAGAGGCGAACCCAGGGAAAGAGGAGUAAUUUGUACACGGGACUUUCCCCCUCUUAGUCCCCCAAAAGGAGGGGGAAAAGUCGCAAUAUUGGAAACGAAAAGGAAUGAGCUUCUAAGGGCGUGAAAACGUCUGCAAUUGUGGAUACUUUAUAUAUUUUUAUUUCGAAAAAAUAUGGCCGAGAACGUUCUGGACUCUGGCCCGCCUUCAGCCAAGAGGCCUAAACUCUCCUCUCCGGCACUUUCCGCCUCCGCCAGCGAUGGAAACGAUUUCGGCUCACUGUUUGACUUGGAGCAUGACCUCCCAGAUGAGCUCAUCAGUGCAAAUGAUCCAGGUCUGGUCAAUGGUGGGGACCUUAACCAGUUGCACACCACUCUGGGAGGAGGACAUGCAGGGUUGGGUCCUGGAGGGGGCAAUGGAGGAGCAGGAGGAAUGGGUCUUGGGCUUGGUCCUGGAGGGGGUCCUGGGGGUGUUGGUGGAGGCCAGGACGCAGUGGCCAAGCACAAACAGCUGUCAGAGCUUUUGCGUUCAGGGGCAACCACAUCGACUCAACAGGGGCACCAAGGAGCCAUGGGCAGCCCUGGAGGCCCCACUGCCAUGGGGCAACACCUGGCGAACAUGAAGGCAUCCCCUGGUCAGGGGCCUCAGCAGAUGAUGGGCCAGGGGCAGCAGCAGCACCUUUCCCCCCAGCAGCAGGCCAACAUGAUGCAGCAGCAACAGAAUGCUGCAGCUGGAAUGAUGGGUGGAAUGAACAGGGGCAUGAUGGGAGCGCAGCAGAAAGGCAAUAAUGGACAGCAGCAGCAAGGCAUGAUUGGGAACCAGGUGAUGAAUGGCUCCCCCAGGAUGGGCUUUGGUAAUCAGGGGAUGGCCGGAAGCAGCAACCUGUUGGCUGAAACCCUACAGCAGCAGGGAGCUGGGGGCCAGGGUGGGAUGAGAGGCCAGCAACCUGGAGCUAUGAACAAGAUGGGGAUGAUGGGGAACCCAGGGGGUCCUUUUGGAGGUCCAUAUGGAGGUCAGGGGAAUCAAGGUCUGGGAGGUGCAGGGCUGGGCCCUCAGCUCCAGAACAAAGGUCCCAUGGCCAACAGCCUCGCUCAGUUCAAUGUGGACAAGAAGAACCAGCCCAUGCAAGGAAUGGGUGCCAUGGGUGCCCAGCAGUCACAGACAGGCGUGGGUGGCCCCUCAGGUGCUCCUGUGGGAGGAGCACCGGGGAUGGUGGCCACUGCUCAGGCAGGUCUGGUGGGACCUGGUACCCAGGUUUCUGCAGCAUCUGCUGCAGCCGGAGCACCACCCACAGCUGACCCUGAAAAGCGCAAGCUAAUCCAGCAGCAACUGGUACUACUGCUUCAUGCACACAAGUGCCAGCGGCGGGAGCAGGCCAAUGGUGAAGUCCGGCAGUGCAACCUGCCCCACUGCCGCACUAUGAAGAAUGUCCUCAACCACAUGACGCACUGCCAGGCUGGCAAGUCCUGUCAGGUUGCGCAUUGUGCAUCAUCAAGGCAGAUAAUCUCCCAUUGGAAGAACUGCACGCGGCACGACUGUCCCGUCUGCCUGCCACUGAAGAAUGCUGGGGACAAGAGGAACCCGCAGUGUGAGUCUCUACUUGGCGUGGCUGGUGCAGGAUUGGGCAGCUCACUUGGGGCAGUCCCUGGUGGCCAACCAAGUGCUCCCAACCUCAACCCGCCGAGCCAGAUUGACCCCAGCUCUAUAGAAAGAGCAUAUGCUGCCCUGGGCCUCACCUACCAGGGGAACCAGAUCCAGGCUCCAACUGCUCAGCCUAACAUGCAGAACCAAGGCCUGCAGGGGCAGGCUGGCAUGAGGCCUUUGAAUCCAAUGGGUGUAAAUCCAAUGGGAGUCAAUGGAGGAGUGGGUGCUCCCCCUCAGAGCCAACAAGCCAGUCUACUGCAGGAUACAAUGAUGCAUCUCAAUGUGAACAGCCAAAGUCUGAUGAAUGAUGCUGGUGGGGUUGGUUCCAUGCCCACAGCAGGUCCUCCCUCUGCCACAGGCAUGAGGAAAGGCUGGCAUGAGGACAUCACACAGGACCUACGAAACCACUUGGUCCACAAGCUUGUCCAGGCCAUCUUUCCGACUCCAGAUCCUGCUGCCCUCAAGGAUCGUCGUAUGGAGAACCUGGUGGCCUAUGCACGAAAAGUUGAGGGAGACAUGUAUGAGUCUGCCAACAGUAGGGCUGAGUACUAUCACUUGUUAGCAGAGAAGAUCUAUAAGAUCCAGAAGGAACUGGAGGAGAAGAGGAGGACCCGGCUCCAGAAGCAGGGUCUGGGCCUCGGUCCUGCUGGCAUGGGUCAGCCCCCUACUGGACUUCCACCAAAUGGCCCCCUUCCUGACCCGCCAAUGGUGCGACCAACUGGACCAAAUCAGAUUGGCAACAGGAUGCAAGGCCCAGGUAUGAAUCAGUUCAAUCAGAUGGGGAUGCAGAGGUCCACACCUCCUCUGCCCAUGGGAGCAUCUGGCAACCAGAUGGGAAUGGUUGGACCCAGGGUGGGGCCCCCCAACGUCAACCAGCUGCAGAACCAGUAUCUGUCCCAAGGACAGUUUUCUGGCUCAGGACCGGGAGUUGGAGCAGCUCAGCCUGGGAUGGCCCAACCUGGAGCUCAGGGAGGCAUGGCACAGACACAGAUGGGCACCCCUCCAUCUCUGUCAGUUGCUAGUCCUCUAGCGCAGCCAGGUUCAGCCAGUGGUCCCGGUGGGGUCUCUACAAUGGGGCCAAUGGGUCCCCAGAGUGUAGGAGGUGGAGGUCCCAACUCAGCUGUUGGGGCCUCUGUUUCCUCAGUGACUCCAUCUAACACAAACCAGCAGCCCAACUCCAUCCCCCAUUUGGGACCCAUGCGUGGCUCGCCCUCCCCUGCUCACAGCCGAUCCCCUACUCCCCACCAAACACCGCCCAGGCUAGCUGGGUCCCAGACGCCACAACCACACACCCCUAAUGCACCGCAGCUGGCGCCACCUGCAGCCCCUCAGCAGAACCAGCUUGGACAGGGCCCCGGUUCCAACAAGCCCCUCCAGCAGCAACACAUGGGGCCCGCUGGUUCGACCACUCCGUCUCACCCUGGACUGGCCUCCAGCUCAACACCACAUGGUAGUCAGCUGCCACGCACUCCGUUGUCCCAGAAGGGUUCGUUUCCAGCAGACAGUCAGGCCCUGACUCCAGCCUCUGUCAGCAGUCUGGACACUUCCUCCCAGCAGCCGCAGUCAGACACCUCAGCCGCCAACCUCGACCCCAAGAUGGAGGUCAAGCAUCAGGAUGAGGAGGAGGAGAGCGACACUGGCAGCUGCUCCAAAGGAGGGAAACUCAGCAACAUUAAGACAGAGGAAAAGCCUAUAAAAUCAGAACUGAAAAAGGAAGAGUGUUCUGGAGAGGGAGGGAAAGGAGUUCCGAUGGAUACAUCGACAACGACGCCGGCAUUGGGUGUAAAAACAGAGGACAGGAAACCGGAGGUGAAGAAAGAGGUGAAAGAGGAAGAGGAGAGUUCAGAGGCAGUUGUACAACAAGCUCCAGUGAAGAAGAAGAUCUUCAAGCCAGAGGAGCUUCGUCAGGCUCUGAUGCCCACACUUGAAUCUCUCUACAGACAAGACCCAGAGUCUCUGCCCUUCAGGAUGCCUGUUGACCCACAGCUGCUCUGCAUACCUGACUACUUUGACAUUGUGAAGAACCCCAUGGACUUGUCAACUAUUAAGCGGAAGCUGGACACAGGUCAAUAUCAGGAUCCCUGGCAGUAUGUGGACGACAUUUGGCUGAUGUUCAACAAUGCCUGGCUGUACAAUCGCAAAACAUCAAGAGUCUACAAGUACUGCUCCAAGCUGGCCGAGGUUUUUGAGCAGGAGAUUGACCCGGUGAUGCAGAGCCUCGGCUACUGUUGUGGGAGGAAGCUGGAGUUCUCUCCUCAGACACUGUGCUGCUACGGCAAGCAGCUGUGCACUAUUCCCCGAGACGCUGCUUACUUCAGCUACCAGAACAGUUCACCAAAAUUUGGGCUUCUCGCUGACAGGUACCACUUCUGCGAGAAGUGUUUCAACGAGAUCCAGGGAGAGACCGUUUCCCUGGGUGACGACCCAACGCAGCCACAGACAUCAAUUAACAAGGAUCAGUUUGAGAAGAAGAAGAAUGACACACUGGACCCUGAACUGCUUGUUGAAUGUAUGGACUGUGGGCGCAGGAUGCAUCAAAUAUGUGUCUUGCACAAUGACACAAUCUGGCCAUCGGGUUUUGCAUGUGAUGGCUGCUUAAAGAAGACAAAUAAGACAAGAAAAGAGAACAAGUAUUCUGCCAAAAGGUUACCACAGACGAAGUUGGGCUGUUUUCUGGAGUCGAGGGUGAAUGACUUUUUGAAGCGUCAGUCCCACCCAGAGGCUGGAGAGGUCUCCAUUCGAGUCGUCCACGUCUCCGACAAAGUAGUGGAGGUUAAACCAGGCAUGAAGUCCAGAUUCGUGGAUAGUGGAGAGAUGUCAGAAUCUUUCCCAUACAGGACAAAAGCCCUUUUUGCAUUUGAGGACAUUGACGGAGCAGAUGUCUGCUUCUUUGGUAUGCAUGUUCAGGAGUACGGAUCUGACUGCCCUCAGCCCAAUCAGAGACGAGUAUACAUCUCCUACCUGGACAGCGUGCAUUUCUUUCGCCCCCGCUCUCUAAGAACAGCAGUUUACCAUGAAAUCCUCAUUGGCUACUUGGAGUAUGUCAAGAAAUUAGGGUACACCACUGGUCACAUCUGGGCCUGCCCGCCUAGUGAAGGGGACGACUACAUCUUCCACUGUCACCCUGCAGAUCAGAAGAUCCCAAAGCCUAAACGCCUUCAGGAGUGGUACAAGAAGAUGCUAGACAAAGCUGUGGCAGAGCGGAUAGUGCACGACUACAAGGAUAUCUUCAAGCAGGCGACAGAGGAUCGUUUGACUAGUGCCAAGGAACUGCCUUAUUUUGAGGGUGACUUCUGGCCCAAUGUGCUGGAGGAGAGCAUCAAAGAGCUGGAGCAGGAAGAGGAGGAGAGAAAAAGGGAGGAGAACAGCACCUCCAAUGAGAGUAUUGAUGACACAAAAGGUGACAGCAAAAAUGCCAAGAAGAAGAACAACAAAAAGACAAGCAAGAACAAGAGCAGCUUGAGCCGAGCCAAUAAGAAGAAGCCAGGGAUGCCUAAUGUCUCCAAUGACCUUUCACAGAAGCUCUACGCCACUAUGGAAAAACACAAAGAGGUGUUCUUUGUGAUCCGGUUGAUUGCAGGCCCCAUGGCAAAUGCCUUGCCACCUAUUUCAGACCCAGAUCCGCUGAUGGCAUGUGACCUCAUGGAUGGCCGUGAUGCUUUCCUGACGCUGGCGCGGGACAAACACCUCGAGUUCAGCUCACUGAGGAGGUCCAUGUGGAGCUCUAUGUGCAUGUUGGUGGAGUUGCAUAACCAAAGCCAGGACCGCUUUGUUUACACGUGCAAUGAGUGCAAGCACCACGUGGAGACUCGCUUCCACUGUACCGUUUGUGAGGAUUAUGACCUCUGCAUCACGUGUUACAACACUAAGGGCCACGAGCACAAGAUGGAGAAGUUAGGCCUCGGCUUGGAUGAUGAGAGUAGCAACCAGGCUGCCGCUACCACUCAGAGCCCUGGAGACUCUCGUCGCCUCAGCAUCCAACGCUGCAUCCAGUCUCUCGUCCAUGCGUGCCAGUGUCGAAACGCAAACUGCUCUCUGCCGUCUUGCCAAAAGAUGAAACGUGUUGUUCAACACACAAAAGGUUGCAAAAGAAAAACCAAUGGCGGCUGCCCCAUCUGCAAGCAGCUUAUUGCGUUGUGUUGUUACCAUGCAAAGCACUGUCAGGAGAACAAGUGCCCUGUCCCGUUCUGCUUAAACAUCAAGCACAAACUUCGCCAGCAGCAGCUGCAGCACAGGCUGCAGCAAGCUCAGAUGCUGAGAAGGAGAAUGGCCAGCAUGCAGAGAGUGGGCCAGCCCAAUCCUGGAGGACCACCUGGGGGCAACGGCCUGCCCUCUCCUGGAGCCAACAAUGGAGCAACAGGGCCCGGUACCCCUACGUCUGUUGGCACGCAGCCCCCUACCCCCCAGACACCCACCCAGGGGAACAUGCCUGUACUCUCUCAACAGCAGGGAGUUGGAAUGGGUGGAAUGGGGGGCAUGGGCACUCCAGGUCAACAGCAAGUUCAACAGCCAGGUGGAAACAUCCCCCCUCAACACCACCUCCAUCAGUUUCAGCAAGUGGGUGGAGGCGGGAUGAUGAAUUCUCCUCAGCAGCAGAUGGUGCCUCAGCUCCAGCAGCCUCCCAAUGUCCAGCAACUCCAGCAGCCACAACAUCCCGGUGGUUUGCCUCCAUACAAUCCAAGACCACCAGGAGCUUCUCCUCUCCACCAGUCUCUGGGUAAACCUGGACUGGGUCCAGCGACCCCACCCCAGCAGCAGCAACAACCCAACCAGGGCCAGGGGGCUAUGCCUGUGCAAGGCCAGCAGCAAGGGCCACCUCUGGCUGCUGUAGAGACAGCCCUAAAAAUCCAGCGCCUAGCAGAGACUCAGAGACAGAUGGCUCAGGCCCAAGCUCAAGCACAGAUCCGUGGCUUGGGACAGGGUGGUAUGAUGGCACCACAUCCUCACCACCAGAACAGCCAGGCCCAGAUAGGAAUGCCUCAUAUGGGGGCCCAAGGCAUGCCCCCACAGGCUCAGGGAGUUGUUGGAAGGACUAUGUUAGACCCACAGCAACAGGGAAUGCUAGCCGGGAUGCAGCAAGGUGGCCCUCAGCCACAGUUGCCACCUCAAGUUCAGCAACAGCUCCAGCAGGUGCAGCAGGGAGGAGGUGGACAGCUUCAGCCAACAAACCAGCAGUGGGGCACGGGGGGACCAACCAUGAGCCCACAGCAAAGGCCCGGCAUGAUGGCUCACAUGGCACCACAGCAGCAGCCAGCAGUUGCCCAACAGCAGCAGCAACCGAUGAAUCAGCAACAGCCUCAACCAGGAAACCGUGGGUUGAUGCAGGUAAUGGGUGUAUCAGGAGGGGCAGCAGGGACACCUGCUUCACUAGCAAGUGCAGCUGCAUCAGGAAAACUACCCCAGUCGGCACUACAAGAGCUUGUGCUAACACUGCGCUCCCCAAACACACCGUUACAACAUCAGCAAGUCCUGAACAUCCUCCGAUCCAACCCAACCCUUAUGGCCGCUUUUAUUCGGCAGAGAACAGCCAGGUAUCAAGGUACUCAGGGUGGUCCUGGGGGAGCAGGAGGGCCUCCACAAGGAGGUGUGAGGUUUCAAGGGGCUCCUGGAGGGCUGCCUGGAGUAGGAGGGCCUGGAGCCAACCAACUUGCUAAUCUGGAUGGACAACAGGUUAAUGUGAACCAGACGGGUCAACCAGGUAUGAAUAUACCUCAGGGUGGAGCAGGGGGAGGGAAUAUGCCCACCAUGGCUCAGCUUCAGCAGCUACAACAGCAGCAACAACAACAACAGCGUCCAAUGUUGCCUGGAAAUCUACAACAGCAGCAAAUGGCUGCGUUGCAGCAACAACAGCAACAGGGAGCAAUGCAAGCAGGGCAACAAGGCAACAUGACCAAUAUGGCCCCACAGUUCAGAGAGCUGUUGAUGAGAAGACACAUGCAGCAGCAACAACAACAACAGCAGCAGCAGCAGCAACAACAGCAACAAAUGGGAAACCAUGGGCAGUUCCAGCAGCCACAAGGACUCCAGCAGCAGCAGCAAGGCCAGCAAAGCUUCAUGCAGCCUGGCCAGGGACAGCCAGGGAUACCGCCAUCUUCUCAACCCCAGCCUGGGGGUGGAGGUGUGGGAGUUCCCCAGCAGCAGCAACAAGGAGGACCACAGGGUGGGCCAGGACAGCUAGGCCAACAGCAAGGCUACCCUAACUCCAUGUCACAAGUCGCUGCAGCGAUCCAGCAAAGGCUUCAACACCAGAUGCAGAUGCAGCAACAACAGCAGCAGCAAAAUCCAAUGGGUGGUCUUCAAGGACAAGAUGUAGGGCCCAGUGGGGGUGCUGGAGGACCUCCUCUCCAGCCUGGACAAGGUGGGCCGGGGCAACAACCACAAGGUGGAGUUGGCGGAGCAGGUGGUGGGCCACCACUGCCGCAGACGACCCAAAGCAUGCUUCACCAGAACAUCCACCAGAGGCUCCUGCAGCAGCAGCACCUUGGAGGGGGAUCUCCAGCCCAGCAUAGCAGUCCUAUGAGUCCCCAGCAGCAGAUGGCUCAGUCCCCCCACCCGCACCUCCAAGGACAAGGAGGACUCGGUCCUGCAGGAUCGCUCAGCAGUCAGGUCAGGUCACCUCAGCCCUCACCAAGGCCGCAGUCGCAGCCUCCGCACUCCAGCCCGUCCCCACGCAUGCAGCCCUCCUCCCAGCCUCAGCCCCAGCCUUCACCUCAUCGCAUCUCCCCACAGACCCAGACCGGGUCACCGCACCCAGGCCAUCUGAGUCAACACCACCCCAGUAUGGCACCGCCUCCACAACCCCAACAGCAAGCGCUGUCUCAGCAGCAGCAACCAGGUAGUUCUGUAGAUCCUAGUCAGUUCAGCUCAGACCAGAACUCUAUAAUGUCCCAGCUGAGUGGGAUAACAGGGAUGCAUGCAGGACAGGGGGGACAGUCGGACAGCAGCAACAACAACAACCAGGAGCUGGGGACGAACAUUAACCACAACCUUAUGUAGCCUUGACUCCAGACUGUCUUUCUGUCUUGAUGCUCUGAUCUGUUGCCCCAAAUGACAAACUGCCAUGAAAGGAGAGUGAGACGGGACUACUGCUUUGGGGUUUUAGAAGUUUUUAUUUUUUAUUUAAAUAUUUUUGUGAUGUAUAAAUAUGAACUGAAGCUUCCUUCCUAUGGGAGAUGCAACAUCAAUCUUAGAAGUCAAUAAAUGAAUAAAUUAAAACAAUGGUAAGUUAUUGCUGUUAAUAUUUAUCUAUAUAUUUUUGCCAAUUGUGUACAAAAAGGUGGAAGGGCAGUGUUUCAGGUUGAAGAUAUUUCUUCAGUAUAUGACACAAUAUUUUUGGGGACUGAGAAUUUUGCCUUUUUAUGAAUAUUUUUAAGAUUUUAAAUAUGGCUAAAAAUUAAAGUGAGUUGACAUGAUGUACCUUUUUUAUUGUUUUGUUUUCCUCCUCAAAUACCCAGUCAUGAUUGUAUCUUUUUUGCAGAGAGUACGUUUAUUUUUUUUCUAUAUUAUUAUUUUGUUCCAUCGAUGAAUCAUAAAACAAGCAUCAACAUAUCUUCCGUUACAGAAGAAGUCUUCUUCUGGACACUUUUCACAGAAAUGUACAUUUUCCGGUGACUGCAGCAAUUUACAUACACAGAAUUUAUUUAGUUUGAUUAGGUGGGUGGGAGGGUGUGUUAAAUGCAGUUUGAUUUUUGACAACUAUCUUAGGUUUGUUUUUGUUUCUUUCUGUCAGGUUUGGAUUAAACCUUAACAGUGUUUUUUGGGUUGUGGGUGACUCUUAUCUGUGGAUUUGGUCGUAUUUUUCUGCAAACAGUGGCCAUAUCUGCAGAACUUGUAGAAAUCUUUGCACCCGUUGGCUCCUUCUCCACCCUUCACCUUGAGUUCUCCUGUGAAUGUGCACACUUUCCCUCGCCCCACUACACCACCUGCAAAAUAUGGAGGGAUGAACUGUGGAAGCCUGAUUGUCUAGCUGUUGUGUUUUACCCGUUAGGAGCUGGCCGAUGUUAAAAAGGUUGUGCGUGUACAUAUUUUACAACCGUGUUUAUGAACUGUGAUGUGGAGACGAGCUCGAUUUGAUGUUUUAGGGCUGCAGAGGUUAAAGAAAAUCCUGCCUGUAUCCUCGACCCCCAAAGGUUUCCCUUUAAAUACUUCUUUCUCUCGUUCCCCUUUUGUUCCUCAUCCUCAUAACUGCCUCUCAGCCACAAGGUUUAAUUCAAUGUUAGUACUGUACAAAUUAAGAAAUGGUGGACUUAGAUACUGUUUUUUUUGUAAUGAAAGUGAAAGAUGUAAAAAAAAGUGUAUAUACUUUAAAACCUUAUGAGCAGAGAAGUUGUUUUCUGCUGCUUGUUUCCCCCUUGUUUGAUUGGAUAUUUGCUGUAUGUGUAAAAGAAAAUCAACAAAAAAAAAUCAACUACAGAAGUGCUCCUGAGCUACUGUACAGUAUUGAGAUUUUUUUCUAAAAAUGUACAGUAUGGGGUGUAGUAGGUCACAAGCACCAAUGCGCCUUUUUCUGUGUAUUUUUGACAAGGUUUUAGGGAGGAAGGGGUUAUCGCAAGAAGUCACACACCUGAACAAUCUCAAAACUGAGACGUGAAACCUGCACGAAGUCGAGCCGCGGCAGGGCUUUGAUUCCAGGUGUGAUCAGAAAGAGUUAAAAUUUGGUCAUUUAGCUUUUUAUGGAGAGGACUGAAGACACAAUAUUCACAUGCUCACUAUUUUUCUCAAAAGGUUGGGCUUGCUGGGUAUGGGGAGGGAACGCAUCAGAACCAGGUGGCAAUAUAUCUUGAGACUUAUUUUAUAAGAAAAAACAAGGAAAAACUGUCUUUUAUAUAUAGAUAUAUUAUUUAAUUUUAUUUUUUGGAAAUAAAACUUGAAGCUACAGGAAUUAUUAGAUAAAAACAUGUUUUGUUUUGUAUUAAAGAUGUUAUGGUGAUGCAAAAAGACACUGCAGACAGUCAUUCAGUUUGCCCUGGGGAGGCCGUGGAGUAUAUUGUACCAUCCUUUUUGAAGAAAUGUUUCAUGUACAUGAAUAUAGUUGUAAACAUACUGAAUCACUGUACAAACUGAUGGCAACUGAACAAAUAGUUUUGUUUUUAUCAUUUCUUUUCCUAAGAAGAGACUGGAAAUAAGACUAUUUAAAUAUUUGUUUAGUAUUCAGAUGGAAUCUUUGACCACUUUUUUUUUGUUCCUCUUGUUAACAAUUUCGGUGCUUGCUGAGAGAAAGCAAAAACAACUGUUGCUCCAUUUUCAUUAGUUUCUUUUUUUUAAGUUAUUUUGGUGGUCUGAUUGUUUUUUUGCCAAUAAAUUAAUUGUACAAUAAAGUAUGUUUGUACCAUUGGAAAAA